GCCUUAGUUACCGCGUUCUCCGCCCCUCUUACGGCAUCGCUCUGAGCCAGCUCACUGCCGCUGGCGCGGGCGCCUCCCGACACUGUGGGGCCCCGGUUGCCGCCCCCUCAGGAGCCACCAUGUUGGUGAUACCCCCCGGACUGAGCGAGGAGGAGGAGGCUCUGCAGAAGAAAUUCAACAAACUCAAGAAAAAGAAAAAGGCAUUGCUAGCUUUGAAGAAACAAAGUAGCAACAACACAGCCAGCCAAGGUGGUGUCAAACGCUCACUGUCAGAGCAGCCUGUGGUAGACACAGCCACAGCAACAGAACAGGCAAAGCAGCUAGUGAAGUCAGGAGCCAUCAGUGCCAUCAAGGCUGAAACCAAAAACUCGGGCUUCAAACGUUCUCGAACCCUAGAGGGGAAGUUAAAGGACCCUGAGAAGGGGUCUGUCCCCACUUUCCAGCCAUUCCAGAGGAGCAUAUCUGCUGAUGAUGACCUGCAGGAGUCAUCCAGACGUCCCCAGAGGAAAUCUCUGUAUGAGAGCUUUGUAUCCUCUAGCGAUCGGCUUCGGGAACUGGGGCCAGAUGGAGAAGAAGCAGAGGGCCCAGGAACUGGCGAUGGGCCCCCUCGAAGCUUUGACUGGGGCUAUGAAGAACGUGGUGGUGCCCGCUCCUCAGCCUCCCCUCCCAGAAGCCACAGCCGAGACCGCAGUCAUGAAAGGAACCGGGACAGAGACCGAGACCGGGACAGAGACUGGGACAGAGACCGAGAUCGGGAGCGGGACAGAGACCGGGAGCGGGAGCGGGACCGGGACCGGGAUCGGGAUCGGGAUCGAGAUAGGGACAGGGAUCGAGACCGAGAUAGAGAUCGAGACCGAGACCGAGAAGGCCCUUUCCGCAGGUCAGACUCAUUCCCUGAACGCCGGGCCCCUCGAAAGGGGAACACUCUCUAUGUGUAUGGAGAAGACAUGACGCCCACCCUUCUCCGUGGGGCCUUCUCUCCCUUUGGAAACAUCAUUGACCUCUCCAUGGACCCACCUAGAAACUGUGCCUUCGUCACCUAUGAAAAGAUGGAGUCAGCAGAUCAAGCUGUUGCUGAGCUCAAUGGGACCCAGGUGGAAUCCGUGCAGCUCAAAGUGAACAUAGCCCGCAAACAGCCCAUGUUGGAUGCUGCUACUGGCAAGUCUGUCUGGGGCUCCCUUGGUAAGAAUGGCUUACCCAUAAAAGACAGUGGGCUUCCCUUCUCAUUCCCUUCCCCACAGCCCACCCUCUUUUAUUCCCCUAUACAUCCCUGGGUUUCCUAGAGGUGACAGGUCAGAAUUUGAUGGAGGUUGUGGAUAGAGAAGAGAAUUGCUAGGCUCUCUGUCUGAGGUAGGGGAAAAAGGAGAUAAGAGUAUUGAAAACAACUCCUAAAGCAGUGACUGGAGCAGAGAAGAAAGUUGGAUCCAGAAUCAGGUUAGUGAGGAAAAUGAGCAUCUCAUGCAGCUUGUUCAUUCUGAGCUGAAGUAUAGCAGGCUUUGCAAGAAUUUGAAAUUAAGGAUCUGGAACUCAGGAAUUAGACUCAUCUGCAUCAUAGGGUGUCUACAAAGUGGUAGACUCAUCAAGGAGGCUGAUAAUGAAAAAAAGGUGACCCUGGACUGCCUUGGGAAUUUUUCAAGGAGUAUUAUAGGAACUCCUCAUGCCCCACAUGUUCCCAUCAAUACUGACACAUUACACAUUAGGUUAAAAUUGAGACUGCAGCAAAGGAGAUAGAAGGGUCCAAGGGAUGGGAGCAGGCACCAGAGGCCUUGGGCCACUGAAGCAAAGGACAUAGGCUUCAAGAAGG